AUUGUGAGUUUUACAAAUUUAGUGUUAUUACUUUUUAUUUAACAAAAUUUAAUCAUUUUCAAAACAUCCAAGUGUGGAUUUUACCGUUUUUACAACGAAAGUGUCUUAUAAUGGUUAAGUAGAUCGAUUAGAAAUGCAGACAAUAAAGUGUGUGGUAGUAGGAGAUGGAGCUGUUGGUAAAACAUGCCUUUUGAUAUCCUACACUACAAACAAGUUUCCAUCUGAAUAUGUUCCUACUGUUUUCGAUAAUUAUGCCGUCACAGUAAUGAUCGGUGGAGAACCAUACACACUUGGAUUAUUCGACACAGCUGGUCAGGAAGAUUACGAUCGACUGAGACCAUUAAGUUAUCCCCAGACUGACGUGUUUCUCGUCUGUUUUUCUGUCGUUUCGCCUUCGUCGUUUGAAAAUGUCAAAGAAAAGUGGGUUCCUGAAAUUACACAUCAUUGUCAAAAAACACCUUUCCUAUUAGUUGGGACACAAAUAGACUUGAGAGAUGAUGCAGCCACAAUUGAGAAACUUGCAAAAAAUAAACAGAAACCAAUCACCGGUGAGCAAGGAGAAAAACUUGCCAAGGAACUCAAGGCAGUGAAAUACGUCGAAUGCAGUGCCCUCACUCAGAAAGGACUAAAAAAUGUAUUUGACGAAGCAAUUUUAGCAGCGUUAGAGCCGCCAGAACCAGUGAGAAGAAGACGAUGUGUCUUAUUGUAGGGAGUUGAGCGUUUUUUUUAUAAAUAUAUAUAUCAUCAAACAAGAAAAGCAAUUGAAAAAAAGCAAAAAUUUGUCACAAUUUAUCGUUGUGAGUAUACACACUUUAAUGUCGAUGACGAAGCCGAAUU